UCCAUCUACAUCAUGCCAUAUUCUGCCUGACUUUUAUAUUUAUUUCAAUGCUGUCUUGCUGCUCUUGUCUCUCAAUAAACAAAAGAAUCUUCUCAAGAAGAAGUUGUCUCAAGAAGUUUUGUGUUGCUGCAGCCAAUUUCCAACACUAUACAUUACUUGUAAGUUUCCAAAAAGGAACAAAAACUAAAUAGCAGCUUUUGAAACAGGAAGUUAUUGGACUUAUAUUGGAAUGCUUGCUUUAUUAUUUUUUUUAUCUUUCCCUGUACAUCUUUGCUAAGGACACCAAGACAAAGAAAAUAUAAUGGAAGAAACAACUAGUUCAGAAUUAACCACACCAGAGUAUUAUACUCGAUAUAUAUCACCUUGUAACAAAGAAGAUGUAUAUGCAUUCGUUGUUCUGUUUACAACUAUCUUAAAUUCCUGUUUUUUCAUAUUUGGAAUAACUGGAAAUAUCCUUGUCAUAUGGAUUCUUAUCAUACAUGAACAAAUGGUGUCUCUAACAAAUCUUUUUAUAUUAAAUUUAUCAAUUGCCGACCUUAUUUUAACUGCAUGUUUGCCAUUUUUUGUUGUAUAUCACAGACACGGUUGGGUUUUUGGACCUGUGACUUGUAAAGUGUUUAAUGUUCUUUUUUCUCUGGGAUUCUACAGUGGAAUUAUUUUCUUGACAUGCCUAACAUAUUAUCGUUAUGUUGCAAUAGUGGAUCCAUUAUCAGUUCUCAAAACAAAAAGACAUAUGAAUGGAGUACUUAUUACUGUGCUUUCUUGGUCUGUUAGUAUUUUUGCUUGUAUUCCUGUUAUGAUUUUCCAAGUUCAAACAUCGUUGGUUGAUAUUGCCAAUUGUGAAUAUGGUCAAAUAUACCCAGUGUUGAUUAGUCACUAUCAACAAAAUAUUUUCUUUUUUUCUUUUUGUGUCAUUGUAUACUGCUAUGUCAGAAUAAUCAGGACAUUGAACAAUUCUCGAUCACAAAUGAAUCAUAAACCAGUUAAACUAAUUCUUGUUAUUGUUGCACUAUAUUUGGUCAGUUGGGCCCCUUACAAUAUUAUAUUGUUCCUACAGUCAUUUCAUCAUCAGCAAUUUCUUAUGAGGUGUGAACUUACAAAGAACCUUGAGUAUGCAAAAUAUAUUACUGAGAAAAUAGUAUUCUCUCAUUGUUGCCUCAAUCCUGUAUUAUAUGCAUUUGUUGGAAUUAAAUUCAGAAGGCAUUUAAAAGGCAUUAUAAAAUGUAACCUGCACAGCAAACAUAAACAACAGCAAGGGACUAGAAGUGUUUCCCAAGAUCAUAAUUAUAAUGAGAUGGGUUCAGUUUUCUAAAGUAAAUUAUGCUAUAUAGCAUGAGAGAAACCGAAAAGCCUGCUAUUAAAGCCAGCCACUAGUAUAUUUUUUUUUAAGAUUUAGCAUUUUUAUUUUUAAACUUCAUUUAAUCACCU